UUGCCAGAAGAGGCUUGAAUGAGGCUCGGAGGCUGUGAAGAGGUGAGCAGUUGAAAGGGGAAGUGAAAAGCUGACUAGGCAGCCCUCCACUGUAAGGCUGAGGCGGGGUUCAGGGAGGACGCGUGCGCUGGCCCGGGGAGUGUGCACAGGGCUGUCGGGGAGCACACGAGGAGACUGGAAGUAAGGGUAGGCAAAGGUCACUCCGCUGGAGCCUUGCGUGCUGUCCCCUGAAGAUCGAACCGAGGCCUCAGGCUGGGUUUCCCUUGAGGUUUGCUUCUUGUGGGCUGGCCCAGAAGGAUUCCCUGGACUGGCCAGCCCUAGAAGGAGAGUUCUGAGUGCCUGACUGCAAGCUACCUUGCCUUCACAUUGGUCAAGAUGGGAGUGAGUGUUGUGGACGCCUCCGUGGCAGGACUUGGAGGCUGUCCUUAUGCACAGGGGGCAUCAGGAAACUUGGCCACUGAGGACCUUGUCUACAUGCUGUCUGGCUUGGGCAUUCACACGGUGCGAUGGCAGAGAAGGUGCUGGUGACAGGCGGCGCUGGCUACAUCGGCAGCCACACGGUGCUGGAACUGCUGGAGGCCGGCUAUUUGCCUGUGGUCAUUGACAAUUUCCAUAACGCCAUCCGUGGAAGGGGCUCCAUGCCUGAGAGCCUACAGCGGGUUCAGGAGCUGACAGGCCGCUCUGUGGAGUUUGAGGAGAUGGACAUCUUGGACCAGGCAGCCCUACAGUGUCUCUUCAAGAAGCAUCACUUUAUGGCAGUCAUCCACUUUGCGGGUCUCAAGGCCGUGGGAGAGUCCGUGCAGAAGCCUCUGGAUUAUUACAGAGUUAACCUGACAGGAACCAUUCAGCUUCUGGAGAUCAUGAGGGCCCACGGCGUGAAGAACCUGGUGUUCAGCAGCUCGGCUACUGUGUACGGGAAUCCCCAGUACCUGCCCCUGGAUGAGGCCCACCCCACAGGUGGCUGUACCAACCCCUAUGGCAAGUCCAAGUUCUUCAUCGAGGAAAUGAUCCGGGACCUGUGCCGGGCAGACAAGACCUGGAACGCAGUGCUGCUGCGGUAUUUCAACCCCAUAGGCGCCCAUGCCUCGGGCUGCAUCGGUGAAGAUCCCCAAGGCAUCCCCAACAACCUCAUGCCCUACGUCUCCCAGGUGGCAAUUGGGCGACGGGAGGCACUGAAUGUCUUUGGCAAUGACUAUGACACAGAGGAUGGCACAGGUGUCCGGGAUUACAUCCAUGUCGUGGAUCUGGCCAAGGGCCACAUCGCGGCCUUGAGGAAGCUGAAGGAGCAGUGUGGCUGUCGGAUCUAUAACCUGGGCACGGGCACGGGCUACUCGGUGCUACAGAUGGUCCAGGCCAUGGAAAAGGCUUCCGGGCAGAAGAUCCCAUACAAGGUGGUGGCACGGCGGGAAGGCGACGUGGCUGCCUGUUAUGCCAACCCCAGCCUGGCCCUCAAGGAGCUGGGCUGGACAGCAGCCUUAGGGCUGGACAGGAUGUGUGAAGAUCUGUGGCGCUGGCAGAAGCAGAAUCCUUCCGGCUUUGGGGCGCAGGCCUGAGACCUUCUCCUGCCACGCACCAGUGAAGGAAAGAAACACCUGCUUGUUCUCCAGCCUCCGGUGGGAACCCAGGGGCCUCAGCCUCCCCUACCUCAAACCCCAGACGGGCCUGCUCAGCCCACCAGGCGGGGGGCCAAGGGUUCCACUGACCAGGAGUUGGGGGUCUCUCUUUUCCACAAACCCAUCAGGACCACCAGAAGCAAAUGUGGGAACGAGGGCCCUGACACAGGAACUAAUUUAUACUGCUCUGAAAGAGAUUUCUAAAGUAUUUAAAAUAAAAGUUUUCUAACACUGGG